CUUCUCCAAGCCCGUCCCCCUAAAGUUGUACGUCGUCUCUCAGUCAAAUUCCUCCACUUGCACCACUUGACCCGUAAACAGUGAUGUUUGCUGAAAGCGGACGCGGUUAUUACAAACAAAGUCGCCGAAUCACUCUGACCGGAACGUCGCGUUUCGUUCCACCGUUCCGGGUGUUGAGAAGUUGUUAACAGGUGACGGAAGAUAAGUCCGCCACCGCGCCAGUAGCUGCUGGCGGUGACGCGGAUGUGGUCGAUGUCGCGGAGUGGAAAUUGUCUUAAACUCUCUCCAGGAAGUAGUGAGGUGAGGUGACUUUUUGCAACUUGGAGGUCACUGUUCAAUUCCUCCAGACAAACACUCGCCCUGCCCAGAUGUGUCGGCAUGUGCUGGGUGAUUUAACUUACCGUGAAGCGCUUUAAAAAACAAAACAAAACGUGUUGAAGUUAGUGUUGUUCAAAAGGAUCCAACGAUGUCUUCCACAGUGUUCAGCAGCACGGACUCAAAUCAUGAGGUUUCAUCGACUAAUUAAAGAGGCGGUUGCUAAGAGAUGACAAUCUCUGACAUUGGUGAGAGUCUGAUGUAGAGCAGCCCGAAGCUCGACUUCUCCAGGUCCUCUUCCCUCCACGCCUCCUGUCUGUUGUCGGCUCAUGUGAAGCACGCGGGAAAAAACGCUCUCGAAGGAACAGACUGGGAAAAAAACGCCAUGGCAGCUUUUACUGCUUGUGCCGCCGCCACAACGACCGCCGCGGUGGCCCGAUCCGCAUGGCGAAGGAAAGGAGGAGGAGGAGGAGGCGGCGGCGGCGGGAACGAAGCGGGCAAUUGUGAAAACGGGGACGUGGGACAGAACACUAUCGGGGAGAAAACCCGGGAGUUUUUCCAGAUGUGCGACAUCGAGAACAAGGGCUUCAUCACCCAACGUGACAUGCAGAGACUGACUGCCGAGCUGCCGCUCAGCGCGGAGGAGCUGGAGAACGUUUUUGUUACCCUUGAUUCAGACGGCAACGGGUACCUGACGCUGAACGAGUUCUCCUCCGGCUUCAGCGAGUUCUUAUUCGGCCGGAAGAUUUCUUUCGCUGAAGGCAUGGAGGAGGAGAAGGAGGAGGAAGAGGAGAAAGCCCGCAAAAGCCCAGCAGAGGUCCUCUACCAGAGCCAGUGGGAGGAGAACGAGGCGCGAGGAGGCGAGGACGAAGAGGAGAAGCACUUCAGCAUGCUCAUGGAGAGCCUCGGAGCCAACAGCGUCUUUGAGGAUCGCGCUGAAGUGCGCAGUUUGUGGGCACAGCUCAGCCGAGACGAACCCGACCUUUUAUCCAAUUUUGAGGACUUCCUGGCCAGAGUGACGUCACAGAUCAGAGAGGCCAACCAGGAGAAGAAGGAGAUGGAGAGCGCCCUACAGAGGAAGGCAGCAACACACGAUGAUCAGAUCCAGCACCUUUAUGAGGAAAUGGAGCAGCAGAUCAAAACCGAAAAAGACAGGAUUGUGCUGCAGGACUGCGAGCGCUUCCUGUCUCUCAGUCUGGACCCGGAGCGGCAGUUGUCUGAUGAGAGAGAGCGGUGGCAGCUCUCUCAGAAACAGAAACGGUUGGAGGCUGAGUGCCGGGAGCUUCAGAGUGACCAGCAUGUGACCAAGGUGGAGAACGUGAAGCUGAAGCACAAGAAUGACGAGUUGGCACAGGAGCUGGACCAAACCAGCCAGGAGCUGAUGGUGGCUCAGGAGCAGCUGAAUCUGCUGCAGGAGCAGUCCACGCAGCUUCACGAGGACAAGGAGAUUGAAAUAUACAGACUGACAGAGGGACUCCAGCGAGAGCGAGCGAGCCUCCUCAAACAACUGGACCUGUUGAGGGAAAUGAACAAACAUUUACGGGAUGAAAAAGACAUAUGCUUCCAGAAUCCAUCGAAUUCAAAGAAAAACCCAAGUUUGAAGCACGGAAGAUCUUCCAUCAAUGCUUUGAAACACACAAGAUCAAGUGUCUUCAGGAGUGAGGAUGACGAGGAGCUCACCGUCGGCUCUGUGAGGCACAACCUAACCAAUGGGUCGUGCCUGGCCUCGUGCACAGCCAACACAGGGGGCCACCUCCAAAGGAUCAUCUCCAUCGAGGAGGACCACCUCCCAUACUUGCUCCAGAAUGACUGUCAGCCCCAAACCCCACUCCGGGAGUGUAGGGAGGAAGACGGAGCCUCGGACACCGAGGAGGAGCACAUAGACUUGGUGAUGAGCGAUAUUUACACUUCUGCCCAGCAGCAAGAACCAGUGGAGAAAAGUCCAACUCCCUCGUCUCCGAGGGGUCAGCCCGUUGGCAAGGAGACCAGCAUGAAUGAGGAAAGCGGGCCCUCUCCGCCCGACCGCCUCUUCAAGAUUGUCCUGGUGGGGAACUCCAGCGUAGGAAAGACCUCCUUCCUGCGGCGAUUCUGCGACGACUGCUUCCACCCCGGCACUUCGGCCACUGUGGGUAUAGAUUACAGUGUAAAGACAUUGGCUGUGGACAACAGCCAGGUGGCGCUGCAGUUGUGGGAUACAGCAGGACAGGAGAGGUAUCGGAGUAUCACCAAACAAUUCUUUCGCAAGGCUGACGGUGUGGUUGUAAUCUAUGACAUCACAGACGUGCAGAGCUUCACGGCUGUGAGACAGUGGCUGACGAGUGUGAAGGAGGGCGCAGGCGAGGACAUCCCCAUCAUGCUAUUGGGAAACAAAACGGACAAGGAUGCCGGGAGACAAGUUCAGAAAGGAUUGGGGGAAAGACUAGCCAAGGACUGCCAGAUGACGUUCUAUGAAUGCAGCGCAUGUUCUGGACAAAAUGUGAUGGAGUCCAUGAUUCAUUUAGCAAGAAUUCUAAAAGAGCAAGAGGACAUUGAGAAGGAGAAGACGGUUCAGCUGGUCGGCGAUCCCUCAGAUAAGAAAAGAUCGUGCUGCUGACAGCGGAACAGCUGACACACACACACACAUUAGCACUACCCUUUACUGAGACCACAUGACGACACGUUAACCAGAAUGUCAGCACAACUGUUUCUCACGCAGUCAAAACCACAGCUAUAUAUGUACGUUCUGUCUCACAGAUAUUAAUGCAUUCUUCAAAACCGUUCACUCUGUUUACUCAAGAUGUUCAGUUUGAAGAGAAACCUAUUAACUGUAUUUGUUUAGCUGAACAGCUGAACAAAUGUUAGACAAACUGAGCCCAUUUUCAGUCAGACUAAGAUCUUUUCUUAUUUUUUAAAUGUACAAUUUAUAGUCUGACUGUCUCUCAAAUAUUUAUUCAUCCUUUAUCUGCACAUGUGGGCUUUUUACUCCACAUAUUUAAGUAUUCAGUCAGUGUUAUGUGUAUAUUUUAGCUGUUUUAGCUUCUUUACCUUUUGUAAAAAUGCAUGAAAUGGACCUAAAACAACAACAGUGUCGGAAACACUCCCUUGGUGAAGCCCUGUGUGUGUUUUAAGACUGUGUCAGAGGUGUCGAUUUCACUUUUAGAGCUAAGAUUGGUUGUCAUAGUGAUAUCAUUACAGGAUAUGGGUUCUUUCACCUGGUGGACAAAGUACAAAACAACAACUGCAUCACAAUUCCAAAGCAAUCUGCUUAUGUGUUUUGUCCAAUGAUUUUACAAAAGUUUGCUCUAUUUAAAUUAAUAAACACUGAAAAUAAUUAUAUUCAAAUGUAGCAUUUGUUGUAGAACUGUCAUGUUGGUACUUGCAGCAUUUUUUCUUGCAGCAUUUUGUUCUAUUCGGCCACGUUAUGUUUGCCUUGUUGGGUAAUUCUUUUGUUGCUGAAGGUUGUUGUUUUGGUUUGGGGGGUUGGCUCAGUCAUUUGUCUAGAAAAGACAAUUCAUUUUUCCCAAAUAGACCAAAGGAUGUUAAUCACCUGCCUCUGUGCCAAGUAUUUUAUGUAAAUGGUGUCAGUUUAACCUGCUAGUUAUCUAUAAUGUGUCACAGCCAGCUUCAUAAUACAAAUGUUUUCGUAAAUAUUCCACCAUUUGAUAUUGCACUAAUGCUCCACUUCUGCCAGUGUCUUGCAUAUCAUUUUAAUGUAUAUUAGGAGGGAAAUACAAAAAAAGGAAAAAAAUAAAUCAUUGUUAACGUCAAAA